UCAUCAGUAGUCAGAAACUUGGCUUCAUGUCACCCAGCCUGUAAAACACAGAUUAAUACCAACAUUGCCAUAGAUAACCUAAAGAUGUUCGUGUUUCAAGUUCAGAACCCAAGUGAUAAUUUCAUGACGAUUUAAUAGCAGGAUGGUAUUCACAUCAUUGGCUUUAUUCGUUCGUAAUAGAGGACCGGACGAAUUUUGGAGGAAGAGAAAGAUAUUGAAGCUAUCAGCGCACUUUUAUGGAAGGCGCAGAAACUGUUAUUCAAUUGCAAUCAGAGCUGUUCACCGAGCAUUGGUGUCUGCUACUAAAGGAAGAAAACUUAAGAAAGAAGAUAUGGUUGCUCUUUGGGAGACUCGCAUUACAGCAGGAUGCGAAGAACAUAAUAUGACAUAUCCUUUAUUCCGAGAAGGUCUGGUACGAUGUAACAUCUUGCUGAACAGGAAAACACUAGCAGAUCUAGCAGUAUGGGAACCUCGAACAUUUAAGUCUCUGGUAAAGGUUGCACAUGCACGAGUAUCACAGGAUGGCUUGGCUGGUGUGACUGAACUAGGUGACCCACCAUCUGGCAUUAUCACAAGAGGCAUGCUGAAAUAAAUCAAUGUAUCUUUAGUAAAAUAAAAUGGAAACUUGAGCACAGUA